AUGGCACCCACUGCUACUGCUGGCGUUGCCGCCGCCGCCACCGCUGCUGCGGCCGCGGUCCCCGCCACGCUCAAGACCGCCGUCAAGGCCGUCCAGUCGGCCGCCUCCACCUCGGCCAACACGCUCUCCACGCAGGAGACCAUCCACAAGGAGGCCGAGUACGGCGCACACAACUACCACCCGCUGCCCGUCGUCUUUGACCGCGCGCAGGGCGCCCACGUCUGGGACCCGGAGGGACGUCAGUACCUCGACUUCCUCUCCGCCUACAGUGCGGUCAACCAGGGCCACUGCCAUCCGGACAUUGUCGGGGCGCUCGUGGCGCAGGCGCAGAAGCUCACGCUCAGCUCGCGCGCGUUCUACAACUCGGCGUUUGCGCCCUUUGCCGAAAAGGUGACCAAGACGUUUGGAUACGAGAUGGUGCUCCCCAUGAACACGGGCGCCGAGGCGGUCGAGACCGCACUAAAGCUCGCGCGCAAGUGGGGUUACAUGAAGAAGGGCAUUCCCGAGGGCAAGGCGCGUCUGCUCUCGGUUGCGGGCAACUUCCACGGCCGCACCCUCGGCGUCAUCUCCAUGUCCACCGACCCCGAGUCGCGCACCGGCUUUGGGCCCUUCCUCGACCGCGUCGGGCCGGGCGUCGACGACAUGCACAUCCGCUACGACAAUGCAGACGACCUCGAAAAGGUCCUCGACAAGUACGGCCACGAGGUCGCCGCGUUCCUCGUGGAGCCCAUCCAGGGCGAGGCGGGCAUCGUUGUGCCGAGCGAUGGAUACCUCAAGCGCGUCGAGCAGCUGUGCCGCAAGCACAACGUGCUCUUUAUCUGCGACGAGAUCCAGACCGGUCUGGGUAGGACGGGCAAGAUGCUUUGCCACCAGCACGAUGGCGUGCGCCCGGACAUUGUCACGCUCGGCAAGGCGCUUUCGGGCGGCGUCUACCCGGUCUCGGCUGUGCUGGCUGAUCGCGAGGUGAUGCUGUGCAUCAAGCCGGGCGAGCACGGUUCGACGUACGGCGGCAACCCGCUUGGAUGCGCCGUCGCCAGCGCCGCCAUCGACGUGCUGGUCAACGAAAAGCUUUCCGAGCGUGCAGAGGAGCUUGGCGAAAAGUUCCGCCAGCAGCUUAUGCAGAUCAACCACCCCCUCCUUGCCAGUGUGCGCGGAAGGGGUCUGCUCAACGCGAUCGUCAUCGACGAGACCAAAUCGACCAAGGGCAGGAGCGCUUGGCAGCUCUGUCUGCUGCUUAAGCAUCUCGGUUUGUUGGCUAAGCCAACGCAUGUUAACAUCAUUCGUCUCGCCCCGCCCCUGGUCAUUGACGACAAGGAUCUCGAGAGGGGCGUCGAGAUUAUUCGCAACGCGCUCGAGCAGCUCGAUCAGCUCGACCACAUCCCCGGCGACGAUGAGCAGCACUAA